AUGGGACACGCUUGUCAGACCCACGCUUGUCAGGCCCAGGGGUGCGACAAGGCGUACACCACCACCUCCUCUCUCCGCCACCACGUCCGAGCCCAUCACCUGGGCAUCAAGCUCACCUGCAAGUACUGCGGGAAGGAGUCGGCGGACCCCUCUGACGCACGCCGGCACCAACUCUCGUGCAAGCAGCGUCCGGCCAACGAGCCGGUCAACCAGUACGUCUGCGCGUGGUGGCCAUGCACGCAUAAAUCCACGCGCAGCGACAACGCUGUGAGGCACAUCGGAACAUGUGCCUCGAGGCCUGCUUACUGGGUAGGAGACCUCCCUGCGCCUAUCAAGGUCCUUGGCCAGGACCAGGUUGGUGGUGUCAUGCCUGACAUCACCAAUCUACAGGUCCUGCCUUUGGCGCAGGGGGGUGAUAAGGAGGAGGCGGCGGAGGGGGAGAACGUCCUCCUAGAUGAUUUUCUGGGAGCACAGGAUCUCCCUCCUUUUGGCCUCUCCCUGGAAGAGCAAUUUGCUCUUCCACUGUACACCUCGGAGUGGGAGAGCACUCCUUGGGUGUACGGUGAUCAGUGGGCACCGCCGGUGGACGGUGUCUCCCAGGAGCCCGUCGUUGGCUUCCAUGAUUUCAACAAUCAUGGAGCAGACUUCGAGGUCUUUGCCGGGUUGGCGGACCAAUCCGCCGGCCCGCUCCAGGAGGGGAUCUGCCCCAAGCAAAUCUGGCAAGAGCGAUAA